AUGAUCAAAACGACAAAGAUUUUAGCGCACUGUAGCAUCGCCAUCAAGCUGUACGAAGAAGUCGAGGCUGAGGAAGCAAAUGAUGUAUAUUUAAAAAAUAUCGAACUUUUCGAAGAUACAAUUGACAUUCAGUUGAGCGACAUUCAAAUUUGCCGUUGUGCUGCUCACACUGCUCACACUGCUCAGCUCUGUUCACUGGAUGCUACUAAGGGCUUGAACAUUAGAACUUAUUUGAUGAAUUGCAGAAACUUAGUCAAGUUCAUCAAAAAAAAUUCUAACGGCUAUCGUGAAAUUUUUGAACUAAAAAAGUUGACUCUACCACAACCCGAUUGUCCUACACGGUGCGGAUCGACAUAUAAUAUGGUAGAAAAAGUUUAUGCAGCCAAGGAAGUUUUGGACAACGUAGAGUCUGUACAAAAUAAAUAUUUAGAUGAGAAUUUUGAAUUAUGCGAUAAAUUUUGGGAGUUUGUGAAGAGUUAUUGUACUGUGUUUGAACCAUUACAACGAACAAUCAUAAAAUUUCAAGAAGAACAUCUGCAUUAUGGAAAUUUUUUUGCACAGUGGAUGAAUCUUAUAACCAAAGAAAUUGUAAAUGAUUUCAAUGAUAAAAGUUCUCUUGUAAAUAAAAUUGGAACGAAUUUGUUGCAUAAUAUAGAAGGGAGAACUGCAAAACUUCUAACAAACAAAAACUCAAACGCAUGUUUGUAUUUGGACCCGCGCUUUAGCCAUACAUUGUCUGUAGAGCAAAAAAACGAAGCUGUUCUAUUUUUAAAACGACUAUAUAAUAGACUGACAGCACUGAACUCAGGUUUCCUGGUUUACAAGAAGAAUUCAGCCACAAAUUGCACACAAAUGGAAGAUACCCUCGAAUAUGAGGAUAGGUACCUUAAUGAUUAUCUUUCUAACCACUUCGAAGCUCAAAGUAAUAACAACAUGGACGUCUACACCAAAAUUGAAAAUUUGAAGUUACCUUUUCAACGCGUUGAUAUAAAAGUAUUGGACUUUUGGAAGAAAAGACAGUUUGCUGAUCCAGAAUUACACGCGCAUGCGAAUAUAUGUUUUGCAAUUCCACCAACUCAGGUUAUCAUCGAGCGUGCUUUUUCGUCACUAAAAUUGAUCUUAUCUGAACAACGGAAUCAUCUUAAUCAUGAAACUUUGGAAAACAUUCUCAUGGUUAAACUAAAUUCGCAAUUUUUAGACCAUGCUAUUGAUGAUAUGCCGUUGUUUCAACCUCCUGAAUGGGACUUAAAUUUAGAAGAAUAA